UAAAAUGGCCCUGGGUUGUGUGGUGUUCUUUCUGCUUGCAGGGUGUAGUUCAGCGCUGGAAAAUACACAGGCCUCAACUGUGUCUCAAAGAUGUAAGGAGGAUACCAACACUUUCCUCUCGGAAAUGAAUCACGAGAGACCAAAGGAAUACGCUGUUCUCAUGUAUGAUGCAUAUGGAAAGAUGGGUAGUGAUGUUGAAGGAGGUAAUGUCAACCAGCCUGGCUCGCAGCAGCAGUGUCGCUCUGCCCACGGUCCCACCUUCUCUGGACAAUACUGCCAGGUGUUCCUUCAGCAGGGAACAGUCCAGUACUUUGUGGGUAUUUGUGUUCCUGACUCCUGCGGUGAAGAGGAUGUGCAAACGUUGGUGCUGCAUGGGACACUUCAGUUUGGUCAGAUGUCCCUCAUCCCUCCUUUUCCUUCCAUCUUGGUGAAUCAGUCCACUCAGGAGAUGAUCAUGAUCCAGUGUUUAUCCAGCACCAUUGCACCAGAUGGAUCAGGUGUCACCUGCCUGUUUGUGUGUUGUGUAAUGAUAGCAGUUCCUCUUGCUGCUACCUUGUUCACCUCUAUAAUAAAGUGGCAAAGGAACAGAGAGGUCAGUCCAUCAUUAGAGUCUUCCUGUUCAAAGACUGGCCUCAACCAUUAUGGGACCCUGAAGACCAAUGGCUCCUCUAGCACUGAAAUGAAUACCAGCACUUCAGAUGAAAAUAAUAGCACCAGCUACACAUCACUGUCUUUUCCUCGAAGCUGUGUGAUGCAGUGCCUGCAGGCAUUUUCUCUACAGAAUACCUGCCAAGGUGUCUUGAACAGCUCUUCAUCCAUCCCAGGAGGAGGCUACUCCUCCCUGAAUGGCAUUCGUGUUCUCAGCCUCUUGUGGAUCAUAUGUGGCCACUCUGCACUGUUCUCUGCAUUGAACAACUUGGAUAACUACAAAAUCUGGCUGAAAGCAGUAGGAAGCAGUCCACUGCAUGUGUUUCAUAGCGGACCUGUUUUUCUGGCUGUAGACACCUUUUUACUGCUAGGGGGUCUGCUUAGUGCAAGGUCUUUGCUAAGCUCCAUCAGCAGGUCUGAGGACAAACUGAGCCUCUGCUUGGUGGUCAGCUACCUCUUCAAGAGAAUUAAAAGGAUUCAGCCACUAAAUAUGUUCAUUAUGUGUCUAACAAUGGGCCUCAUCCCUUUGAUCCAGUGGGGACCCUACUGGUUCUCAGUUUCUGACAUAGAGAUGAAUUGUAAGACGUACUGGUGGGCUAAUGUACUGCUGAUUAACAAUGUCCUCUAUGUCGAUGAUAUAUGUAUUCCUUGGUCAUGGUACUUGUCUCUUGACUUCCAGUGUUACGCCACCACUCCUCUGUUGAUCUAUUUUUACAGAUUGAAUAGAGGUGUGUUCACAGCUGUGGCAGGAGGCCUGUUGUUGAUGACCACUGCUGCUGGUGCUAUCACAACUGCACUCCUGCAGUUGCAAGUCUUCCACCCAUCUACAGCGACAACUCACAGUUAUGUCAUAUAUUACUAUGUGCAACCCUACACAAGAUAUGGGCCAUUUUUGAUAGGGAUCUUGACUGGAAUACGCUUGAUGUCAAAGAAAGAUCGUCUCUUUAAACAUAAGUGGCAGGUGGCACUUGGUUGGUUCUGCUGUCUUUCAGUCAUGGCUGUGGUGGUUGAAUUGGCCUACAUCCUCAAGGAGACCCCAGCUUAUCCAUCCGUACCACAUGCCCUCUAUCAAGGACUGCACAGAAUACUCUGGGCUCUGGCUGUGACCUGGAUCAUACUGGCCUGUGAAGAGGGUUAUGGAGGUUUUAUCAAGAGCUUCUUGUCAUUAGGUUUCUGGGUCCCAAUUUCCAACAUUGGUUUUGCUUGCUAUCUGUUACAUCCAGUCAUCAUGAUGGUCUACUCUGGCUUACAAGCGACCCCGACACAUUACACAGACCUCAACUUUCGUAAGUGCUUAUAACAGCCCAUUUCUUUCAGUUUAAUUUCUGCAAAAAGUAUUUCCAUCAGGCU